GCUGCACCGCGAUCCCAGAGCCCCCACCCCGUGUCCUCGUCCGGCCCCUCUAUCCUGCCCCAUAGAGAAGAGCGCAGCACACACUCUGUCCCCCCACCCAGAGCCCAGUCCCUGCAGCCGGACCCUACACCUCCCCGGAUCCUCACCCACCGGACACUGCGCUCCGCCCGUCCCGGGAAGCCGCCGCCUCCUCUCCCUGCUCCAUCCGAGCCGAGAAACUUUCCUGGGAAGUUUGUGCAGGACGAUCCCGGGCAGUGCUGCCCCCUAUGAGCGCUGCCUCCUCCGCACAUCUGACCGAGACCCUGCCCGGCACCCAGCCCCAUUCCUGUGCAUAGACCCCCCGGUACAAGAGCUCCCGAUGCCCCGGAGGAUGCGGCCUCCUGUGCUCCUCGCCCUGUUGCUCCUGGUGCAGGACGCAGCCCGGGCCGCCAUGGACGAGUGUUCGGAGGGCGGCCGGCCGCAGCGCUGUAUGCCGGAGUUUGUGAACGCGGCUUUUAACGUGACCGUAGUGGCGACCAACACCUGCGGCUCCCCGCCCGAGGAGUACUGCGUGCAGACCGGCGUCACCGGGGUCACCAAGUCCUGCCACCUGUGCGACAGCGGCCAGCCCCACCUGCUGCACGGCUCCGAGUACCUGACCGACUACAACAACCAGGCCGACACCACCUGGUGGCAGAGCCAGACCAUGCUGGCCGGGAUCCAGUACCCGCACUCCAUCAACCUGACCCUGCAUCUGGGGAAAUCCUUUGAUAUUACCUACGUACGCUUAAAGUUCCAUACCAGCCGCCCAGAGAGUUUUGCCCUAUACAAGCGCACACGAGAAGAUGGUCCGUGGAUCCCCUACCAGUAUUACAGUGGCUCCUGUGAGAAUACGUACCAAAAAUUAAACCGAGGCUUCAUCCGCACCGGAGAAGAUGAACAGCAGGCUCUGUGCACCGAUGAAUUCAGUGACAUCUCACCAUUGACAGGCGGCAAUGUUGCUUUCUCUACUCUUGAGGGCAGACCGAGUGCAUACAACUUUGACAACAGUCCUGUUUUGCAGGAUUGGGUGACUGCCACAGACAUCCGCGUGACACUUAACAGGCUCAAUACAUUUGGAGAUGAAGUGUUCAGUGACCCGAAGGUGCUGAAGUCUUAUUACUAUGCCAUUUCAGAUUUUGCAGUAGGAGGCAGGUGCAAGUGUAACGGCCACGCCAGCGAAUGUGUACGCAAUGAGUUCAGCAAGCUGGUCUGUAACUGCAAGCACAACACAUUUGGUGUGGACUGUGAAAAAUGUUUACCCUUCUAUAAUGACCGGCCCUGGAGAAGGGCGACUUCAGACAGUCCCAACGAGUGUUUGCCCUGUAACUGUAAUGGCCGCUCUCAAGAAUGUUACUUUGACCCAGAGUUGUACCGCUCUACUGGACACGGUGGCCAUUGUUCAGGGUGCUCAGAUAACACGGAUGGACCAAACUGCGAGAGAUGUAAAGAAAACUACUAUCGGCAGAAUGACGAGGAGCCAUGCCUGGCCUGCAACUGUAACCCUGUUGGUUCUCUUAGCACUCAGUGUGAUAACUACGGGCGCUGUAGCUGUAAACCCGGGGUGAUGGGAGAGAAGUGUGACCGAUGCCAACCUGGCUUCCAUUCCCUCACUGAGGCUGGCUGCAGACCUUGCGCCUGUAAUGCUGCUGGUAGUACAGAUGACUGCAAUCUGGAGACCGGACGUUGCAGCUGUAAAGAUAAUGUAGAAGGCUUCAACUGUGAAAGAUGUAAACCUGGUUUCUUUUACAUGGAUGCAGCUAAUCCCCGCGGCUGCACUCCCUGUUUCUGCUAUGGCCAUUCCUCGGUGUGCAGCAGUGCCGAAGGCUUCAUCGUCGCCAAGAUCAUCUCCACAUUUGAGACCGGGACGGACGAGUGGCUGGCACAGCAGAGGGAUGGCAGAGAGUUCCCCCUAACCUGGGUGUCUGAAAGCAGCUCGCUAUCUGUCACCUCUGAGAGCUACUUUCCCGUCUACUUCAUUGCACCUGCAAAGUUCCUUGGUAAUCAGGGUCUGAGCUAUGGACAGAACCUGACCUUCAAUUUCCGGGUGGAGCGCCGGGAUACUCGCCUUUCCGCUGAAGAUCUGGUCCUGGAAGGCGCCGGACUCAGGGUCUCUGUGCCUCUGAUUGCUCAGGGAAAUUCCUACCCCAGUGAAACCUCUUUGCAAUACGUGUUCAGGCUUCAUGAGGCUACAGAUUAUCCAUGGAGGCCGUCAGUAUCCCCCUUUGAAUUCCAGAAAAUGCUCCAGAAUCUUACCGCCAUCAAAAUCCGAGGAACAUACAGUGAAAGAAGUGCUGGUUUCCUAGAGGAGGUCACUUUAGUAACUGCAAGUGUUGGAGCUGGUAAUGCUGCCCCGUGGGUGGAGGUAUGCGGCUGUCCUGUUGGGUAUGUCGGGCAGUUCUGUGAAAGCUGUGCCCCAGGAUACCGGAGAGAGAAUCCUAGUCAAGGACCUUACAGCCCGUGUGUGCUUUGUACUUGUAAUGGUCAUAGUGACACUUGUGACCCUGAGACAGGAGUGUGUGACUGCCAGCACUACACCGCAGGCCCCCAUUGUGAGCGGUGCAGCGAGGGCUUCUAUGGAGACAGCACCGCAGGUACCAGCUCAGACUGCGAGCCAUGUCCAUGCCCUGGUGGGUCCAGCUGUGCCGUUGUACCUCGCACUAAGGAGGUGGUGUGUACCAACUGUCCUCUGGGAACUACAGGAAAAAGAUGUGAGCUUUGCGAUGAUGGAUAUUUUGGCGACCCACUUGGUCAGAACGGUGCACCCCGCCCUUGUCGUUCCUGUGAAUGUAACAGCAACAUUGAUCCUAACGCUGUGGGGAACUGUGAUCGCUUGACUGGGGAGUGUCUGAAGUGUAUCUAUAACACAGCAGGAUUCUACUGCGACCGCUGCAGAGAUGGAUUCUUUGGGAACCCUCUCGGGGCUACACCAGACCAAAAGUGCAAAGCUUGCAGCUGUAACUCAUACGGCACAGUGAAAAGCCAGAGCAGCUGUAACCAGGUGACCGGCCAGUGCGAGUGUCUGCCUCAUGUUAUCGAGAGGGACUGCUCCGCCUGCGAGCCUGGGUUCUUCAACCUACAAAGUGGUCAAGGAUGUGAGAGAUGUGAAUGUCAUCCCCUGGGAUCUACAAAUGGACAGUGUGAUAUUCGUACUGGGCAGUGUGAGUGCCAACCAGGCAUCAGUGGUCUACGCUGCCAGCAGUGUGAGCCCAACCACUUUGGUUUUGGACCGGAAGGCUGUAAACCCUGUGACUGCGAUCCUGAAGGCUCCCUCACUUUACAGUGCAAGGAGGAUGGACACUGUGAGUGUAAGGAUGGUUUUGUGGGAGCCCGUUGUGACCAGUGUGAGGAAAACUAUUUCUACAACCGCUCAGGACCAGGCUGCCAAGAGUGUCCGGCCUGCUACAGACUGGUAAAGGAUAAGGUGCUGGAGCAAAGAGAGAAACUGCAGGAACUGGAAGAACUCCUCAAGAAUCUGGGAACAGGCGAUGACCUUGUAACUGAUCAAGGCUUUGAAGAGCGGCUCAGAGAUGCUGAGAAAGCGGUCAGUGACCUCCUGUUGGAUGCCCAGGGCAGUAAAGAUGUAGAUCAGGGAAUGCUGGAUCGUCUCGCUGAGAUAAAUGCCACACUAAGUUCUCAGCUGCAGCGUCUGCAGAACAUCAGAGAUAUGGUCCGUGACACUGACAAGCAGGCACAAGAUGCCAGAGACCGUGUGGAAAGCACAGAGCUCAUCAUUGACUCUGCCAGAGCGCAACUUGAGAAGGCCAAGGUGGCCAUCGCCAAUGUGUCUAUCACCCCACCAGAGGCUAGCGGCGAUCCUAAUAAUAUGACAUUGCUGGCAGAAGAGGCAAGAAAGCUAGCUGAAAGGCAUACCCAGGAAGCUCGGGAGAUUGAGAGAAUGGCUAAGGAAGCCAAUGACACGGCAAAUGAAGCCUACCGCCUGCUCCUGAAGACUCUGGCUGCUGAGAACCAGACUGCAGCGGAUAUUGAAGAACUGAAUAAGAAGUAUAACCAAGCUAAGGAUCUUUCCCGGGAGCUGGAGAAACAAGCAACCAAAGUGCAUGCUGAGGCUGAGGAGGCAGGAAACAGGGCAUUGCAGAUCUAUGCUAACCUAACCAGCAUUCCACCAAUUGACACUACCGCUCUACAGAACGAGGCUACAAAGAUCCAGAAGGAGGCACAAGACUUAGAUCUUCUGAUUGAUAGCAAGCUGAAAGACUAUGAGGAUCUCCGUGAGGACAUGAGAAACCGGGAGAUGGAGGUCAAACGUCUGCUGGACAAAGGCAGAAGCGAGCAGCAGACGGCUGACCAGUUGCUGGCCCGGGCUGAUGCAGCAAAGGCACAAGCAGAGGAGGCUGCCAAGAAGGGUCGUACUACACUUCAGGAGGCCAAUGACAUAUUGGCCAACCUAAGAGAUUUUGACAAACGAGUUAAUGAUAAUAAAACUGCAGCGGAAGCCGCUCUGAGGAGAAUCCCUGGAAUCGCCCAGACCAUUGCUGAAGCCAACAACAAGACUCGACAAGCAGAAAGUGCACUGGGCAAUGCCAAUGCUGAUGCCAGGGGAGCAAAGAGCAAAGCUGAGGAAGCAGAGAAAAUUGCCAAUACCGUCCAAAAGAAUGCUGCUGCAGCCAAAGCCGACGCUGACAAGACUUUUAAAGAUGUCACCGAUUUAGAUGGAGAAUUGCAAGAUAUGUUGCGUCAGCUGCAAGAUGCAGAGAACCAGCUAAAUAAGAAGCAGACGGAAGCAGACCAAGACAUGAUGAUGGCAGGCAUGGCCACCCAAGCCGCACAAGAAGCAGAAGAUAAUGCAAAGAAAGCAAAGAACUCUGUCAAUAAUGUCCUUGGAAUUAUUAAUGACUUGCUUGGACAACUUGGUAAACUGGAUUCUGUGGAUGUCGGACAACUCAACGAGCUUGAAAGGACACUAGAUGACGCAAAGAAACAGCUCAACGAGAGUGAUCUGGACAGGAAGGUGGCACAGCUGGAGGAAUCGGCGCGACUGCAAGAUGCUGCCCUUCUGUCAUACCAACACGACAUUGACCAGAUCCUGAAAGACAUUGAUAAUCUCGAAGACAUUAAAAACACUCUGCCUCCUGGCUGCUACAAUACCCCCAUUAUUGAGAAGCCCUAAGUGCUUGGCAAAAAAAAAAAAAAAAAAAGGAAGGACUUCAGCCACACUUCCUUCCUCACCAACCUCCAUGUUUGGCUGUGAAGUGCCUUAUUACUCACCCACCCCAGACUAUCUGCCCUACACCUCGAUCACUCCAUGCCCUCCACAUAUUGAACUUUUUAAGGGGGCAGAAUUUAAAACUGUAUUAUUUCACCUGAACUCUACCACCGUACUCUGUGUACAAGAGGCAUCCAUUUGAGUGUUGUUGUUCUUGCUACUACAGAGAGAAAAUAGAGGUUUGCUGUAAUGGUGAGAGAAACAAAUGCUCGGGCCUCUCCGCGCGGCGCAGUAACGCCACGGUGCCAUGCAGUGAUUAGCCAAGGGACUGUUUCUAGCAAGGGUUAACUGCUUCAGUGAUGGCUGCAGUCUUCAGUGAUAUACAUGCUAGUGCUCUGCAGCACGGAAGUGGUUAAUAAAGCUAUGCUUUCAGCCUUCUAGAAAAGUUGGGCCUGUAGCCCCGAAAGUCUUUGGAAUGCACGUGUUCCUUGUCUACACUCUGUUAACCUUCCGUUCCCUUUGACUAACCCACUGCCCAGCCUCCUGCCUUAUAAUGUAGCCAUACAGCCAGUAUUAUCCCUGACAGCGCAGAGCCCUCAGAAAUAUCAGGGCAUGGGCUUCUGAUCUUUUGCUGUAUAGAAGGGUCCUGUAAUGCAGAGACUGGGAAAGUAGAAUAGAUUUCCCUCCUCUGCCAUAAGCUGGUCUAUGUAAUUGUAAACGGACUAAAGCUUUGCAGCAAUGUUGGGGGGCGCAGAUGCCUGGGCAAGGUAUUCUGAUCACGUAAUGGUGUGGAGCAGUGUUUCCCAAGCAGGGUGCCUCCAGCUGUUGCAAAACUACAACUCCCAGCAUGCCCAGACAGCCGUUGGCAUGCUGGGAGUUGUAGUUUUGCAACAGCUGGAGGCACCCUGCUUGGGAAACACUGGUGUGGAGGACUGUCCUGGCAUCUCAGAACCGUACAUCCAGAGAGAAAUCUACUCCCGCAACCAGCAAAGUAUUCAUGGCACAGUACCACGGGGCCACGUGACGGCAUUUGCAUUAUAAAAGCUUUCAUCCAGAAUUAGAAUGAAGUCAUUGUUUCGGGUAGCAAAUGGCCUAACACCUUUUUUUUUUUUUUUUUUGUUCCUCCCAUUAAAAAAAAAAAAAAAAAAAAAAAGAAAAGAAAA